AUGCUCAGAGUCUCUGCCCGUGCCCUCGCUCGCUCGUUUCGCCCGUCUCCGUCCCCACAACACCUCCACUUCCACACUUCGUCGAACUCAAGCAAGAUGGCAGCGCAGUUUGGCUGGGACAUCUCGGACAAGAUCACGGGAGAGGUCAACAAGACUGAUGUGUGGUCCGUCUUCUCACCUCUCGCCGGGCACGUCCCGAAGGACUCGCUCAACCUCGGACAGGGCUUCAUGAACUGGAAGCCGCCUCAGUUCGUCCUCGAUGCACACACGGAGGUCCUCCAGCGCGUCGAGACGAACCACUACCAGCUUCCGCGAGGCAAUGCCAGGCUGAGGAAGGCGCUGUCAAAGUACCUGUCGCCGUCGUUCAAGUUGGGCAGGGAGCUGGAUCCGAACACGGAGGUGCAGGUCACGGCGGGAGCGAACGAGGGCAUGUACGCCUUCGCGGCGGCCUUCCUCCGUCCUGGCGACGAAGUGAUCGUCUUCGAGCCAUACUUUGACCAGUACCAGGGCAUUAUCUCGUUCAACGGCGGCAAGCCCGUCUACGUUCCGAUCCGCGCACCCGAAGGCGCAUCGACCGGUAACGUUCAGGCGUCCGAGUGGAAGGUCGACCUCGACGAGUUCAAGGCUGCGAUCACGCCCAAGACCAAGAUGGUCUUCAUCAACACGCCGCACAACCCGAUUGGAAAGGUCUACCAGGAAGACGAGUUGCGCGCGAUCGGCAAGAUCUGCGAGGAGCACGACUUGCUCAUCUGCGCCGACGAGGUGUACGAUUGCCUGACCUUCGAGGGCAAGGAGCACGUCCGCAUCGCCGCGCUCGACGACUUCUGGAAGCGAACGGUGACGGUCGGCUCGGCGGGCAAGACGUUCGCGAGUACCGGAUGGCGAGUAGGCUGGACUGUCGGCCCGCCCAACCUCAUCCAGCCUCUUCUCGCCGCCCACACUCGCAUCGUCUUCAGCUGCAACGGGCCGGCGCAGGAGGCGAUCGCGAUUGGUGUCGAGCAGGCGUUCGAGAACGGGUUCUUUGCGGAUCAGAUCAAGGCGUACGAGGAGCGGAAGCAGGUCUUACUUGAGGGCCUCGACAAGCUCGGUCUGCCCUACACCAUCCCCGAAGGCGCCUACUUCGUCCUCGUCAACACCUCCCGCCUCGAGAUUCCCUCCGACUUCGAGAUCCCCGACUUGAUCAAGGGCCGAGCACGCGACUGGGUUGUCGCGUGGUUUGUCGCGCAAACCGCCAAGGUCGUCCUCAUCCCGCCCACCGACUUCUAUUCAAGGGAGCACUGGUCGCUCGGCGAGAACUGGAUUCGAGUCGCGUUCUGCAAGGACACGGACACGCUUCGACAGGCGUCGGAGCGGCUGCUCGCUCUCAAGCCGUUUAUUCGGGAUGCAUAG